AUGAUCAAAACUAUGGCUUAUUCUCCAGUUCAACUUCUUUCACUUCUUCUCCCUCUUCUAUCAUCUUCAUUUAUAACAACUAUUUUCACCUUUGAAAUUUCAAUAAAAAACACUUACAUAGAACCUUUUAAAUGUUCUACAAAGAUCAAAACAUGCAAUGCAUCACUCUACCACAUAAACUACAAUCACAACAUACAACAACUAGCCGAUUUUUACUCCGUCGAUCCUUCCCAAAUCAAACCGAUAAUCCGUAGCACAAAACAAGAUUACCUUAUACAAGUGCCUUGUCCUUGCCAAGACACCAUUGACCUUAACGGUUAUUUCUAUGACACAAACUACAAAGUGAGUCCUAAUGAAAGUUUUUCGAAUAUUAACAAUAUUGUUUAUAGUGGCCAAACUUGGCAUGUCAAUGAAGAUUUGGUUGCAAAUGAGAAUGUAACGAUUCAUAUUCCUUGUGGAUGUUCAGAACUUGAGUCACAAAGUGUUGUUACAUAUACUGUUCAGCAAGGUGACACACCAACAUCAAUUUCUCUUUUGUUAAAUGCCAAUCUUGAUGGCAUGGUGAAAAUGAAUGAAAUUUUGGGUCCUAACCCAACAUUCAUUGAUAUUGGUUGGGUUUUAUAUGUUCCCAAGGAAUUAAAAGGGUCACCAUUUUCCAAUGAAAAAGAAAAGAAACACAAGUGGGUGAUAAUUACUGGUAUCCUAGUGAGUGUAACAUUGCUUUCAGUUAUUACCUUGAUGGUUUACAUUCUCAGAAGAAAUAAAGGCUAUGGAACUAGCAAAAAUGAUCCAAAAACUUUCUCUAAAAGAUCACUUGCCAAUAGAACCAUUUCUCUAAGGAAUCAAGAAUUUCAUAAAGAAUAUAUGGAAGAUGCAACACAAUUCGAUUCCGAAAGACCAGUGAUUUAUGAUUUUGAGGAGAUUGAAGAAGCUACAAAUAACUUUGAUGAAACUAGAAGGAUUGGAGUUGGUGGAUAUGGCACUGUCUAUUUUGGAAUGCUAGAAGAUAAAGAAGUUGCUGUGAAGAAAAUGAAGUCUAACAAAUCCAAAGAGUUCUAUGCAGAACUCAAAGCCUUAUGCAAGAUCCAUCAUAUUAACAUUGUGGAGUUGUUGGGAUACGCAAGUGGAGAUGAUCAUCUUUAUUUGGUGUAUGAGUAUGUUCCUAAUGGUUCUCUAAGUGAACACCUUCAUGAUCCAUUAUUAAAAGGUCACCAGCCUCUAUCUUGGUGUGCUAGAGCUCAAAUUGCACUUGAUUCAGCAAAAGGUAUCGAAUACAUACACGAUUACACAAAAGCGCGAUAUGUGCACCGUGAUAUAAAGACUUGUAAUAUCCUUCUUGACGAAAAGCUCAGAGCAAAGGUAGCGGAUUUCGGGCUUGCGAAGCUCGUGGAACGAACCAACGAUGAAGAAUUUUUAGCAACAAGGCUUGUUGGAACACCAGGCUACCUUCCACCUGAAUCGGUGAAGGAGCUUCAAGUGACGAUAAAAACCGAUGUAUUUGCAUUUGGUGUGGUUCUGUCUGAGUUGAUAACGGGAAAACGUGCAUUGUUUCGUGAUAACCAAGAAGCUAAUAAUAUGAAAUCACUUAUCGCAGUUGUAAACAAAAUAUUUCAAGAUGAUGAUCCUGUGAUUGCUUUAGAAGAAGCUGUAGACGGGAAUCUUCUACGUAGUUAUCCGAUUGAAGAUGUCUACAAGAUGGGAGAAUUAUCACAUUGGUGUUUGAGUGAAAAUCCAGUGGACAGACCAGAAAUGAAAGAGAUAGUUGUUGUAUUGUCAAAGAUUGUAAUGUCUUCAAUAGAAUGGGAAGCGUCACUAGGUGGGGACAGUCAAGUUUUCAGUGGUGUAUUUGAUGGAAGAUGA